AUAAUUUCCACCCUCACUAUCUCCACCAUUGCACAAUCCAAACCCAGAUCCCUAAUCCUCCCGCUCACCAAAGACCGCGCCACCAACCAAAUCCUCACCCGCCUCGAAAUCGGCACGCCCCGAGUCUCCCGUAACUUCAUCGUCGACAUCGCCGCCCGACAGCUCUGGCUCGAUUGCUACAGCGGCUACUCCAAUUCCUCCUCCACUUACCGCCUAGCCCGCUGCGGCUCCGCCGCCUGCUCCGUCGGUAAAGCCGACUGCCCGGGUCCAUGCCUCCUCCCCCCGCGCCCGGGCUGCUUUAACAACACCUGCGUCGUCCUCACGCGAAACCCAAUCCGGACGACAGCUGGAUCGUGGGAUGAGGGGAGAGGGAGAAAGAGCGGGGUGAGGGUAGGGAAAAUGAGAAAGAGCUCCGCGACCGCUGCCGGCGUUGGAGGUGUUUCCGGGCUGGGAAAUCCGCGACCGCUGCCAUAG